AUGCCUGGGCUUAAAGUUGUCCUCAGUUUUGAGGAGCAACAUGUUUUUGCUCUUCCCUGUAAUCUGUCUUUGUGGUUUCGUCCUUUUAAGAGCAAAAUUCCUGUUAGGUUAUGGGAUUGCGAAAACAAGGCUUGUGUUGGCGUAGGCAUAGGUCACAUGGGAGCCGUUGGUGCUGUUGCUUUUUCAAAGAAGCAACGAAACUUCUUCGUGAGUGGUAGUAGAAGUUAUAUCUUUUACCAUACUCUCAAGAUAUGGAAUAUGGACGGUGUCUCCGGCAACAAUGAAGAAAUUAUAACUCUGAAAGCGAAAGCAGUUGUAGCAGCACAUGACAAGGAUAUCAACUCUUUGGCAGAUCGCACCACCUGCAUAUGGAGACUUCCAGACCUAGUGUCAGUGGUUACACUGAAAGGGCAUAAAAGGGGGAUAUGGUCUGUGGAGUUUUCUCCAGUUGAUCCAUGCGUGAUGACAGCUUCCGGAGAUAAGACCAUAAAGAUAUGGGCCAUAUCUGAUGGAUCAUGUCUUAAAACAUUUGAAGGGCAUGCAUCAAGUGUGUUAAGAGCAUCGUUUCUUACCCGUGGAACCCACCUACUUUUGCUAAAAGAUAUGAACGUCUCUCCAGGUGCUGGUGGUUUGGUGAAGUUGUGGACAGUUAAAGACCAAUGA